GUGGGCGGACCCCUUGGGGGCCGUGGGUGCGGGUCGCUAUGGCGGUGGACAUCACACUGCUGUUCCGGGCCAGCGUCAAGACGGUGAAGACGCGGAACAAGGCGCUGGGAGUGGCGGUGGGCGGCGGGGCCGAUGGCAGCCGCGACGAGCUGUUCCGCCGGAGCCCUCGGCCCAGGGGAGACUUCUCCGGCCGGGCCCGCGAAGUGGUCUCACACAUUGGCAAACUGAGGGAUUUUCUUCUGGAACACAGGAAAGAUUACAUUAAUGCUUAUAGCCAUAUCAUGUCUGAAUAUGGGAGGAUGACAGACACAGAACGAGAUCAGAUAGAUCAGGAUGCUCAGAUAUUCAUGAGGACCUGUUCGGAAGCCAUCCAGCAACUGAGAGCAGAAGCCCACAAGGAAAUACAUUCCCAGCAAGUAAAGGAGCACAGGAGUGCCGUCCUGGAUUUCAUUGAAGACUACUUGAAAAGAGUGUGUAAACUUUACUCAGAACAGAGAGCCAUCCGGGUGAAACGUGUGGUGGAUAAGAAAAGGCUAUCUAAGCUGGAACCAGAACCAAAUACAAAGACACGAGAGUCCAUAUCUUCUGAGACAGUUUCCCAGAAUCCUUCAAAAGAGUCUGAAGAAAAACCUGUCACUGAAGAAUAUCCAGUAGAAAAGAUCUUGCCCGACACACAGCCUGAAUUGGGGACCUGGGGAGACAGCAGAGGUGAAGAGGAACUAUCCCCAGAGGAGAUACAAACGUUUGAACAAGAGAAUCAGCGACUUAUUGGCCAAAUGAACAGCCUGUUUGAUGAAGUGAGGCAAAUUGAAGGAAAAGUGGUUGAAAUUUCCAGACUCCAAGAGAUAUUCACAGAAAAGGUUUUGCAACAGGAAGCCGAGAUUGACAACAUCCACCAGCUGGUGGUCGGGGCGACCGAGAACAUCAAGGAGGGCAAUGAAGACAUCAGAGAGGCCAUUAAGAACAACGCCGGCUUCCGUGUGUGGAUCCUCUUUUUCCUUGUCAUGUGCUCCUUCUCCUUGCUCUUCCUCGACUGGUACGACAGCUAGGCGGGGCAGGAGUGGCUGACGCCUCCCAACAGGUGUGUGCAGUGCCAGAACCUCUGCACGGCUGUUUCUGACAGCUGUGUGCUGUCUCUGGAAUCUCCAGCACCGGGCAAGGUUGUGACCUGUCAUAGAGUGGGGGUGGGGGGACGGGCUGAAACAGACACGUACCCUCACACACGGGGGACACCCAAAUCAGUGGUUGUACGCCUGCCCUGUCAGGAGCUGGGAAAGGAAACACCGCCCAUCGAAAGUGGUCUGUGUAGGAAUCAUAGAGCACGUCGGAUUAAAUGGGGGCAGUUGUUACCAAUUGCACCCAAACACGAGCCUGCCACAGAAGGGGGCUGCCCAAGUAGGGGUGCACAGCAGGCCUUGCGCUCCCCUGGAUUGCCUCAUAGGAGCUCUCUGGCUUCCCCACCCUCUAGUUCAGGAGGACCCCAGUGAAGACCUUGUCGUAAUAAAACGCUAAUGCCCUCCGUUUCCUUGUGGCUUCUCGCCUGAGUCAGUGGAUACAUGAGGAUACACACAGCACACGCACGGUACGCAUGUCGGAGGGAAGAAAUGCCACAGUCACCUUGUUAAUCUGGUUAGUACAACUGCGGCAACCCAACGUUCUGUUAACGCGUCCAGGUUCAGACGUCCGUCGCCGUCCGCCUCGUG